AUGGAUUGUUUUAAAGAUUUUUUAGGUAAUGAUUACGAAGCCCAUAUCAAAUGCGUAACAGAAGAAGAGCGUUAUUCUGGAAAAGGGUUUACUGCUAAAGAAAAGAAAGGCGAGAAAAAGCAAAAUGCUUGGGUUGAGAUGUUGCAGUCAGUAUUAGAUGAAGCAAAGAGUGCCUCACCUAAUGUCAUUAGAAUUAUCGAAACUAUUAGCAAACAUAACAACACCCCCCGAAAGAAACCAAAGUUUAUUAAUUUUGUAAAAAAUGUAUGUGGACAAAAGACUAAUAUAAAAGACAUUGAUGAGGCUUGGGAUUUGAUAUCUGUCAAGCUUUCAGAAUUGUCAAACUUGAAUUCUCAAAACAAGAACCAAAAUCAAAAGAAUGGAACUUCUGAAACCAAUGGAUUGACGGAUAAAUUAGAAAAUGGUGAUAAAAAAGAGAAAGAUAUAGAAGAGGACUCAGUAAAAAAUGUCACUUCUUCAGAAAUUAAUGGGGAUCGUGACAAUUCAGAGAAGAAAAUGUCAAAGAAACAGCGCAAAGAAGAAAAGAAAAAGAAGAAGUAUGAGGCUGAAUUGCAUAGUGCUGAGCAACAACCUUCUGAAGAAGAAGCUGAUGAUACACAAUCAAAAAAGAAAGGUAAGAAAAAUAAAAACAAAGUCAAUGACACUGAUGGUAUAGAAAAUGGAGUUCAAACUGAAGGAAAGAAUAAAAACAAAAAGAGAAAGCGUCAGGACACAGUUAAUACUGUCCCUGAAAUUGUUGAUAAUGUCAUUGAAAAUGAUAUUGAAAAUGAAGAUACCAAUAAAAUAAAGGUCCAACAAAAGAAACCAAAAGUGCAACCUGAAGAAGUUUCAUUACAUGAUCAAAAUGUGGCAAAGAGUGAUGAAUCUGUAAUCCAGACUGAGAAAUUUAACUGGCAUGCAGUUAUUAUAUCUGUUUUACAGAAAAAGGACAAUGAAGUGCCUUUUAAAAGACUGCAAAAGAAAGUUCUUGGUGAAUAUCAAGAAAUAACUGGAAAUGAAGUUGAUGAUAGAAUUGCUGAAAAAUUUAUAAAGAAAUUAAAGAGUGCUCCAAAUGUGAGGGUUGAUAAGAACAGGGUGAUGCUUAUUGAAGAAAAU